CAAUGUUGAAAUAAGCUCUUUUCUUUCGGUCAUCGCCUAUUUAAAUUAGCACCGCCGCUACUGGACAGUAUGACGACCAAAAUAGUCAAAUUAUUUUUCACCAAGGAGACGGGAACCAUUAUCAUGGAAGUUCAAAAAUAUUUCGGCCGCUUUCGUUAUGUUCUGCAACAAAUUUUUAGUGCUAAUGUUGGUCUAGCCGACAUCAAAUGCACCCGGGGGCAGACAAGUGACUUGCAUAUGCAUGAACUCGCUGGAAUACGAGUUUUAUUUCCCAAAUCUUCGAAGACCAAGUUACCCAGAGGCUCAAAGUCAAAAUGUUUCGGUUCUUAAGAUAAAAUAAAAAUAAAAGAGGGGAAGGGAAAGGAAGAAUAUGAAAAGGAGAAAGACGAAUAAGAAUCCCCACUUGAAGCUGAUGAAGCUAUUCAUCCCAACAACCAUAAAUGGGAGAAGCGACGAUAUCAAUCGACUAUCUUUGACUAUUUUGCCUCAGCCGAGAACAGGAUUGGGCUUUGGGGAACCUGCCAAUUGCCCCAAGGCAUCACGCCGCCUUAGAGAAUGAGUCAAGGCCGAAUGGGAUUGAUCUUUUCUCUUUUGACCGCUAUUUCAAUCCCGCCAUUCUGGAGGCCUCUACCGCAUCCGUUGAUGUUAAAGAUUCGGACUGACAUUAUAUUUUAAUUUUUUGGUGGAAAGCAGCCAAGACAUUCAUCCAGUGAGCUCUUUCAAUAAAAAGAAAAGGCGAAGAAAACAUAAUCCGAGUCGACGAGUAGAAAAUGCACAUAAAUGUUCGCCCAUUAACAAUUCCAGAAGAUGCUAUGCCACUUCUAUCUCCAGCAUGGAAGUUCCUCUCGGGGAUAAGCACGGAAUACCCCACUUUUAAACUUGAGAAUCCUGAAACUUAGUAGAACCCCCUGUGACGGUUGGAGAGAUUGAGACGCCCGAUUAUCAUUUCUGAAGAGCGAUUAUCGGUUCUCCUACUAAUGAAAGGUGGGACAUAAAAAGAAGCCGCGGUUCUUCGAAUGACGUCAAAUUCUCCGGCUCUUGCCUUGGCCAACGGCGCGCACCGUACGCGGACCGGACCGGACGCAAAUGGUAUUUUAGCACGAACAUCAUCGAACGCGAGCUCCUAGCCCAAACACAGCCUACAGGUCAUGAUGCCUAACCAUUUGGCUUCGCCGAGGAUGCUCAAUCUAUCGCCGCCAGUCAAAAUUCUGGAACAGCGGUUGUUGGGGUACAAUCCCUCUUGAGUGCGGUGUUUCAUCCUAUAGAGAGAUGGCUGCAAGAAAUUUCUUCCUACACCUCGUGCUACUGAUCUUGGUGUGGCUAGUUAAUCGUUAGUAACUCAUGCCCUUUGUCUCGGCAGUUGAGUAACUAGUCAUGAUGAAUGAAAACUAUAAUGGCGGGGGAGCGUCGGGAGGGAGGAUUGGAGCCUUAACUUCCGCAGCUGUCGCAAUUUCCAAGCCUAACUAAACUCAUUCUCCUCGCAUUUCUAGUUUCUUCCACGGUAACUUAACUACUUGAAACACCAGAAUCAGAGCCACGUGUCGCUAAACUCCCGCCGCGAGAGCUGAUCCUAAGGCUAAUUCUUCAGAAUCCCCCAUUGUGCACUAUCUUCGACCAUUGACAUCUGUGGACAACCUCUAAUAUGACAUUCGCAAAAGAGCAAGGUUGAAGAUAUCAGGGUGGUGGGCAAAAUGCUUAGGCCACAAAAUUCUGUGCUCUCAGGGCCACGGCCCAACCAGUGGUCAAAAACCCGAGAAGGCCAUCAUCCCUGCCCCGCCAACAUUCGUUCUCCAAUCGCACGCCAGAGAGAAUUGCUUUUUCACAGCUACCAUGGACGACGGCUGCCCCGUUGGCGUAGCGUGUCAAGGGUUGAAUAAUAAUGAUACCAUGCCGGUUCAUUCAGGGAUUUGGACACUGUCCAACCCAACCUCCUCCUCACCGGAUCUCACCACGCAUUGGGAUCUCUGCUGGCCCUUUGGAUCGUUUGAUGCCGAAAGCGGCUCCAUAUCCCUCCAAACAACCCGGCAUGGUCUUGAGUGGUGCUAGUUUCUCCCCUUAGCCAGGUCUGAUUGACGACAAGAGGUCUCUUGGAGGUCGAAGAGCGCAAUCAAACGGAAACAGUGGACCAGGAACGAGGGGCAACCAGCUACCUUUCAAAGGGUACCCAGGAGGUGGUUCGGCGAUGGCUACGAUACAAGACGAUGAUGAACGACUAUUGGCACGAAUAGGGUACAAACAAGAGCUGAGGAGAGAAUUCUCAAAAUGGUCUACAGUUUCAUACGCAAUCUCCAUCCUUGGAGUUCUCGGUUCUGUUCCCGCAACAUUCGGCCCCCCUUUAGCCGCGGGCGGCCCCGCGACUGCUGUAUGGUGCUGGUUUAUAGGAUCAUUCAUGGCAAUGUGUAUUGCUAGUUCAGUUGCUGAACUUGUCUCAGCAUACCCCACGGCGGGGGGUAUGUAUUUUGUGACAAAGCAUGUUGUGCCUCCAAAUCAAGUUGCUAUAUUUUCCUGGAUCCAAGGCUGGUGCAACUUGCUUGGACAGACUGCUGGUGUAUCUAGCGUUGCGUACACCGUAAGCCAAAUGCUACUGGCAUGCGCAAGCAUGAACUCUUCUCUAGAAGGAGGAGAAUACUCAUAUUCGCCGAAUGCCCAUCAAACUGUGCUCUUGUCCAUUGCAUUACUAUGCGUAAUGGGCACUGUGUGUUCUCUAAGUACCAAAAGUUUACACAAAAUUGUACUGUGGUUCGCUCCAGUCAACAUUAUUGCGUCAAUCGCUAUCUGCAUUGCGCUCUUAAUCCUCACGCCCGAUAAACAAUCCGCCAAGUGGGUAUUCACAAAUGUGACAGAUGGCUCCGGAUGGAAUUCCAAAACGUUUUCUUUUCUUUUGGGAUUUAUAUCCGUGGCUUGGACAAUGACCGAUUAUGACGGGACGACUCACAUGUCAGAAGAAACCCAUGACGCUGCCAUACGUGGACCAAUCGCUAUUCAAUUAGCCAUCGUUGUAUCAGGAGUAUUUGGAUGGAUGUUGACCGUGACGAUGUGCUUCUGUUUAUCCGAUUUGGAUAAAAUAUUGGAUUCGCCCACUGGCCUGCCGGCUGCCCAGAUCUUUCUUAAUGCCGGUGGCCGAACAGGUGGGACAAUAAUGUUCUCAUUUUCUAUUCUUGUUCAGUUUUUCACAGGUUGCUCGGCCAUGCUUGCAGAUACCCGAAUGGCCUAUGCUUUCGCACGCGACGAUGCACUUCCUUUCUCAAAGUUUUUUGCGAAGGUAAACCCCUAUACAUUGACCCCUGUCAAUGCCGUCUGGUUUGUGGUCUUCUUUAGUAUUUGCCUCAAUUGCAUCGCCAUUGGAUCUACAGAGACGGCCACUGCUAUAUUCAAUAUCACAGCGCCUGCGCUUGAUUUGUCAUACAUUGCUGUCAUCCUAGCCCACCAAAUAUACAAAAAUCAAGUGCAGUUUAUCGAAGGACCGUUUACACUUGGGAAAUGGGGGACACCCUUGAAUAUCAUUUCUAUCGUCUGGGUUUUAUUCAUAAGCGUGGUCCUUUUCUUCCCGCCCACGAGGCCGAUCACGCCAAAGAACAUGAACUAUGCAAUAUGCGUGGCUGCAUUCAUAGCCCUAUUUGCACUCUCGUGGUGGUGGCUAUCUGCCAGGCGGAAAUACACGGGACCGCGUACGAAGGAUCUUCUCCAAGCAGUCGAAACUGAAGACCUCGACGUCCCCUACGGUACCACGGCUGGUUUUGAUGCCUGAAAAAUCCCACGACCUUCUGGGCAUAUCUUUCGCAUAUCCUCCAUUUUCUCCGAGUUUUUCAAUAUUCCUUUCUCUAAGUAACCAUGAGUUUUCAUGUUUUGGCUCUGCUCCUUUAGGGGUAUUAGCGGAACGGAUCUUUCCUAGCGUUGGUUCUGAUUGAUAUAGAAGAUUUUUGGAUUAAUUACAACAUCCGCUUAUCUAUUUCCUACAUACAAAGAAGACAAUCCCUUUGCGUCAAUUUUUCACUUAACGACACUAAGAAGUGCUACAAGGAUGCUGAUUUCUUUCCUAUCCCACUUGCGUACGCGGGUGAAGAGGGCUAGGGUAUAUGUCUCCAAAACGGCAUCAAGAUGGAACUGCUCGUACCGGCCAAUUUCUUUGAGCCUUUUGUUCCCUGCCACAUAGAGAAGGGAACUUAUCGGUGAUGGCCAUCUGGACUUACGUGAUUUCAUGAUUAGAUCACAGUCUAGAAUGACAAUUGAUUGGCUGUAGCGGGCAAAAAGUAGGGCAGAAGAUUGGGGUACGAGCGAAUUUAGAUCACCGGGACGUUUUAGAUCCGCCCACAUUCUCUAUGUACAAGUCGUUCGGAAUAUCCACAAAUCCUGCUCUGGUCAUUUUUCUUCCGCCAAGUCCCCUCAACAUUCAAUGACAUAACUACCAUUCAAGAGAUUCCUCUAUUGGAAGGCAUCCUGCGCCUUACUUACGCCAAUUUCGACGGGAUGAGCACCAUUGAUCAUAUCUCAUUGCUGGCCAUAUUUUCGUUUUUGUUUCAAGUGCAGAAGUGAGCGUCUAGGAAAAGAGUUUCGACAUCAAGCAAGCUCAUGCAGGAAGCACUGGCUUGAUCUCCAUGGAAAAUACCAGGCUACAUCCGGUAUAUAUCAAAAGCUUACCAUCUGAACAGACGGUGAGUUUAUGCAAGCUCAGUAUGCACGGUUUUCUAAGACAUCUCGCCCAUUGGAUGGUGGACAUUCAGUUCCCUAUAUUAUAGCCGGGAUGCUUCCGGUGUCCCCUUCGAGAUGAUUACAUACGGCCGCAAUACCCAAUCUACGAUGGAGGGCGGGUGGUAAGGGAACUGGUGCACCUCUCUUAGCAACUACAAGCCCUGUUAAAAUAUGCGGACGAUUAUAUGCAAGCGGGUAAUUUGAAAGGCUGGUGAGUAGCUGCCAUAGACUAAACGAAGGUAUGCAGCGCUAAACUUCCCAAUGGUUGAAAACUAUCAACGGGUGUGAGCUUAGCUGGGGAAUCGAAAAAUUACGCUGGGUUAGUAGACUCACUUCUAAAUGCUAGAGUUUGUAAUGGAAGUGUGAUGGUGCAUCCUUCUGUUCGACAUGGGGAAGAAAACUAAAUGAAGAAGAAAUCUGUAUGCUCGGUGUCUUUAAGUGUUGCAUCAUGAGAACAUUUGUAACAGCGUGGAUAUGCCGGUGUUUAGGGGCCCUCCAGGAGAAAAAACCCGUCGGUUGACUGAGCUUGGGGCAUGGUGAGAGGGAGGGUGAAAGUGAUGCGAUAUUUCAUAUUGUCGCAUGGCAUAUGAGACAAAUCAAACUAGAGAGGGGAGAGUUAAUUCGCUGGACAGCCCUGAUAGUUCUUUCGGAGAAUAACUACUGUGGAAACAUUUCAAGCAUCUUACAGAUCAUGGGAGCUAAUGAUAAGCCCAGAUGAAGAUGAAGUACAA